GGUCCCAAUGCCUGACCUCUUCUGCGGCUGCCGCCCGCGCCGCUAGUACUCCCCCCACUCCCCCGCCUUCUGCUUCAGAUGAACUGGGUUCAGCGUUCUGUUCGCGACUUCGGAAAGGUAUGUUCUAGGUCAAUGGCUUCUAAGACUCCAGUUGGAUUCAUUGGACUGGGCAACAUGGGGAAUCCAAUGGCAAAAAAUCUCAUGAAACAUGGCUAUCCACUCAUUAUUUAUGAUGUGUUCCCUGAUGCAUGCAAAGAGUUUCAAGAUGCAGGUGAACAGGUAGUGUCUUCCCCAGCAGAUGUAGCUGAAAAAGCUGACAGAAUUAUUACAAUGUUGCCCACCACUAUCAAUACAAUAGAAGCUUAUUCUGGAGCAAAUGGAAUUCUAAAAAAAGUGAAGAAAGGCUCAUUAUUAAUAGAUUCCAGUACUAUUGAUCCUGCAGUUUCAAAAGAAUUGGCCAAAGAAGUUGAGAAAAUGGGAGCAGUUUUCAUGGAUGCCCCUGUUUCUGGUGGUGUAGGAGCUGCUCGGUCUGGGAACCUCACGUUUAUGGUGGGAGGAGUUGAAGAUGAGUUUGCUGCUGCCCAGGAGUUGCUGGGGUGCAUGGGCUCCAAUGUGGUGUAUUGUGGACCUGUUGGAACUGGGCAGGCUGCAAAGAUCUGCAACAACAUGCUGUUAGCUGUUAGUAUGAUUGGAACUGCUGAAGCUAUGAAUCUUGGAAUCAGGUUAGGGCUUGACCCAAAACUAUUGGCUAAAAUUCUAAAUAUGAGCUCAGGACGAUGUUGGUCAAGUGACACUUAUAAUCCUGUACCUGGGGUGAUGGAUGGAGUUCCCUCGGCUAAUAAUUAUCAGGGUGGAUUUGGAACAACGCUCAUGGCUAAGGAUCUGGGAUUGGCACAAGACUCUGCUACCAGCACAAAGAGCCCAAUCCUUCUGGGCAGUCUGGCCCAUCAGAUCUACAGGAUGAUGUGUGCAAAGGGUUACUCAAAGAAAGACUUCUCAUCCGUGUUCCAGUUUCUACGAGAGGAGGAGACCUUCUGAAUGUGCCUUUUGGCUGUGGACACUGUUGGGAACUAAACUCUGUCUUGGAGCCUCCUUCUAGCUCACUCUACCAGUAAAUGGUUUUAAUCAAAGGUCAUCUGUCUGCUUUUGAUUGUCUAGGUCACAGUAAUUCUUAGGAUUUUCCAUCCAUUUUUAACUGCUUUUUUCCCAUCUGUUCAGCAAACAUGUAUUAUCUGAAAAAUUUUUUUUUCCUGCAAGCGCCUGAUGAUCUCUGUUAACUAGCUGAGUUGACCUUUUCAAAAAGUUUGAUCCCUGAGCAUCUUCCACUAAAUUGUUGAAGAAAUACUUCAAUCAGGUUAUUAUUUGCUUCACUUUACAAAUAAAACCAAAUAUUUUGUAAACAGAGUGAAACCCAUCUUAAAGGAAAGAAAAGAAAUGGGUGUGAGGAGAGGAGUUCGAGAAAGGAAGUAUAGUGAAUUUACCUAUGUCCCUCAGGAAGUUUGUCCUGGUAUUCUUGCAUUACUGAGGUUACCGACUUAUUUUCCAGGGAGUUGAUGAAACAAGAGAAUUUGUUACUGCACAUUUUAUAAUUUGGACUCAGUUACAGUUUUGUAGCAUGUCCCUCUUAUUCCAACUCCCAGUAUUCAGCAGACCUGUUUUUGUAUUUUUUGCUUCUUUGUACAUUCUUACCACUUAUUUUUGACUUCAAAAGAAUGACAUGUUUAGACCCGUUUUAGAGCCAAUGAUGAUAUUUGCUUUAGAUAAUUAUUACAUUAUUCUAAAUAUAGCCAUAUUAUUUUGAAUUCAAAUAAAUUUCUAUGCUGAUAAUACUUA